AUGGGAGAGAUGAAGUGCUUUCUGGGACUUCAGGUGGAUCAGUUUCCUGACGGUAUCUUUACUCGCCAAACGAAGUACGUCAACGAUAUUCUAGAGAAUUUUGGGAUGUCGGGAGCAAAACCAAUCUCUACACCAUUGGUAAUCAGCCAUGGCAUCUGUCCCGAUGAAACUGGAGAGAAAGUAGAUGAAACACACUACAGAUCGAUGAUAGGGUCGCUGAUGUAUCUUAGAGCUUCUAGACCAGACAUCAUGUACCCAACCUGCUUGUGUGCUCGAUAUCAAUCUAGUCCACGUGUAUCGCAUAUCCAGGUUGUGAAGCGGAUCUUCCGAUAUCUGAAGGGUUGCCCAAGCACCGGCUUGUGGUAUCCUCAGAACAACAACUUCGAUCUUACUGGAUACUCAGAUUCUGAUUUUGGGCACUACAAGAUCAACGCAAAGUCUACAACGGCUGGCUGUCAGUUCUUCGGAACACGACUCGUAACAUGGCAGUGCAAGAAACAGACCACGGUCGCUCUCUCUACUUGCGAAGUAGAAUACGUUUCGGCUUCCAGUUGUUGUUCCCAAAUAAUGUGGAUACAACAACAGAUGAGAGACUUUAGACUGCAAUUUCUUGACACUCCUAUAUAUGUAGACAAUAAGGCAGCAAUCGAUAUAACUAAAAACCCGGUUCAACACUUAAAGACUAAACAUAUUGAAAUUAGACAUCACUUUAUUCGUGAUUGCCAUGAGAAAAGGUUGAUUCGAAUUGAAAAAAUCCACACUGAUGAUCAAAAAGCAUACAUACUUACAUUUACCGAAACUUAA